UGGCUGGACGGGACGACUCAGCAAAUUCGUCUUCUUCUUUCCCAUAAAAAUCUUGUUUUUAUCUCAUAACUAAUCCACUUCCAUUCUUCUUUCUCUUAUAUUAAAAAAAAAAAAAAAAAUUAAAUUUGUGGUAUAUACUUCUUUCUAAAACUUGUGUUUAACAGAUUCUGGAAAGUAAAAGGUGAGACCCUUCUGAAUCUGAUACGUAUCCUAUAAAUCCGGAAAGAGUUUUCAAGAGGUUUUAUAAUUCCGGUGUGAGAAACCUUUUUGAUUUUAUUAUAUCUCCGUCGUCGUCGAGAGAUGGCUUGUGGUAUGGAGAAUUGUAAUGGUAAGAUCUCAAACGGUGACGUUUUCGGUAUCUCUUCCAAGCGUGAGAAGCUCAUUAUUGAUACAGACCCUGGAAUCGAUGAUAGUAUGGCGAUAAUGAUGGCGUUUCAAACACCGGAGCUGGAGAUAUUAGGAUUGACUACUGUGUUUGGGAAUGUUACUACACAAGAUGCUACUCGUAAUGCCUUACUCCUGUGUGAGAUUGCUGGCUUCCCUGAUGUUCCUGUCGCAGAAGGUACUUCUGAGCCUUUAAAGGGUGGAAUUCCUCGUGUUGCUGAUUUUGUGCACGGUAAAAAUGGACUAGGAGAUGUCUCACUUCCUCCUCCAAGUAUAACGAAAUCUGAGAAAAGUGCAGCUGAGUUUCUAGAUGAGAAGGUCUCAGAAUUCCCGGGGGAAGUCACCAUUCUAGCCCUCGGACCUCUAACCAACCUGGCAUUAGCCAUCAAACGCGAUAGUUCAUUUGCUAGUAAGGUGAAGAAAAUUGUUGUUCUUGGUGGAGCCUUCUUUUCUUUGGGAAAUGUCAAUCCUGCAGCUGAGGCUAAUAUAUAUGGUGACCCGGAAGCAGCUGAUGUUGUGUUUACAUCUGGAGCAGAUAUUACUGUUGUUGGUAUAAACAUCACAACCCAACUUAAACUAUCAGAUGAUGACCUCUUACAGCUGCGUAACUCCAAGGGGAAACAUGCUAAAUUGUUAAGCGAUAUGUGCAAUUUCUACAGAGAUUGGCACGUCAAAUCUGAUGGUGUUUACGGUGUGUUCCUCCACGACCCAGUCAGCUUUGUGGCUGUUGUACGGCCUGAUCUAUUCACAUACAAGAAAGGUGUCGUACGGGUGGAAACUCAAGGAAUAUGCGUUGGCCACACGCUCAUGGAUCAAGGCCUCAAGAGAUGGAACGGAAGCAAUCCGUGGGUAGGAUAUUCACCGAUAUCAGUGGCUUGGACAGUCGACGUAGAAGGAGUUCUGGAAUAUGUCAAAGCAAAGCUGAUGAAGCCAUAAAAAGAUGAGUUCCAAGUCACAGUCUCGUUUAGAAUGUGUGAAUAUUCAUUUGAUAAUGGCAUCAUCACAUUCAUAUUCUUCUGGUUCUAACUUGGAUCUCAAUUUCAUCCUCUGUAUUUGAUCUGUAUAAAUGGUACCACGUAUAUUGGAUUUUUUUUAAAGAAACUAAUGAAUGAAAACUAUCUUUGUUUC